AUGAUGAAAGAAAAAAUAAAAAAAUUAGAAAGACAAUGUCCCACAUCGAAGCUAACCUGCAAGAACCCACUCCUAAGUCAAGUCCAUUCCCAUUUUUUUUCCAACUACACUCUUUUCUUCUCUCCUUCUUCUCUAAGUAUUCCAAACUCAAAAGGGCAAACACGUCAAAUUACACGUCUUCCCUUCCCAUUAAUCCCCAGCAGAUACAUUCUCUCCCACAAUAGAAACUGGAGGGACAAGUUAAGGUUCACUUUCACUUCAUCUGACUGUAGACAUUAAAGGAAGGUUCCAGAACCAGUAAGAUGGGCGAAGGCGGAGCGGCGACGGCGGUUGCGGAGGCUCAGUACUCGUUGGUCAAGACUUCGGUUUGGUGGGACAUAGAGAACUGUCAAGUGCCCAAAGGGUGCGAUCCCCACGCCAUCGCGCAGAAUAUAAGCUCCGCUCUCGUUCGGAUGAAUUAUUGCGGCCCCGUUUCCAUCUCUGCUUACGGCGACACCACUGGCAUCACUGCUUCCGUUCAGCAUGCCCUCUCCAGCACCGGCAUCUCCCUCAACCAUGUCCCCGCCGGUGUUAAAGAUGCAAGUGACAAAAAGAUUCUUGUUGACAUGUUAUUCUGGGCUGUGGACAAUCCUGCACCUGCUAAUUACUUAUUAAUAUCUGGUGAUAGAGACUUUUCCAAUGCUCUUCAUCAGCUGCGGUUGAGGAGGUAUAAUAUUCUUCUUGCACAGCCUAAGAAAGCUUCUGCACCCCUAGUAGCAGCUGCUAAGAGUGUGUGGCUUUGGACUAGUCUCUUGGCUGGAGGACCUCCCCUUACCAAGGGUGAAUCACUACAACUUGCUAAUAAUGACAUCCAAUCCUCUUCUGACUCCAUACAAAGUACAGUCCAUAAUGCCUUUCAGAUACCGCAGUAUCUGGAAUCCUAUUCAGAAGUUCAUACAGGAAAUCAGAAAUUUCCUGGUACAGGAAGGCAACUUGAUUCUAGACAUCAUGGGAAGACGAAUGGGAAAAAUUCAAGUAAACCAAAUAGACCAAAGGUCAUGAAUCCAGCUCCAGUUGGACUUCAAGAAAAUUAUGGCUAUAUAAAUUCUUCUCGACCUGGGAACUAUGCCCAUAGUGUUCCCCCAAGUGGUUCUACAACAAAUUUUACCCAUAAUGUUCCCCCAAGUGAAUCUACACCAAAUUUUAGCCAUAAUGUUCCCCCAAGUGGUUCUACUCCUAAUUUUACUUGUGACAAUCCUGAUCAAAUGCGGGGCAAUAAUGGUACUCCACCAGGAAAUCAUCAAAAUCCACAUUCACAGGCAUCGAGAUCAAAUUCUUUUCCUUUGCAGCCUCCUUUUGCACCAAGCAGUUCAUUUUCCCCAAAUUCCCAAACUUUUGCAACUUCAGUAGUGCCAACUAGAACCGGUGGGCCCAGCUUCUCUGCAGCACCACUUACGAAGGUGCCAGAUGUUGGUAAUAUUUAUCCUAGUAUCGCUCACGAUCCACACCCCGUUAAAUAUUUGAACGGGGACUUGAAACAGAGUUCUUACAGUAUUUCUUCAAAUCCUAUUAAGUCCAUUGAUGAACCACAUGGGCACAUGAUACAGAAAGCACAACAUUUGUAUAAUGGCCAUUCACAUGGUCCAAAACACCAACCUACAUCAGCAACUGUGGGUAAUAAUAAUCUUCCUAGUAAUGGUAUGUGGGGAUCUCCAGGAUUUCCUAAACCUUCUGAAUACGUCCAAGGUCUUAUAGGGGUUGUUUUACUUGCCUUGAACACACUAAAAAAUGAAAAAAUUAUGCCAACCGAGUCAAAUAUAACGGAUUGUAUUCGAUGUGGAGAUCCCAAGCAUCGCAGUACAGAUGUCAAGAAGGCUCUGGAGAGUGCAGUUGAGCAGCAGAUGGUAGUGGAGCAGAAAGUAGGUGCUUUGCGGUUGUUUGUUGGUAAGAAUGAUAAAGUUUGGAAAUGUGUAAACCCUAUAGGUGGUAAUCCUAAGAAGCACUCAAAAGAGACAUGGAAUGAAAUUAAAAAAUUUCUAUCUACUUCUUCGGGAAGAUUAGCAAUAAUGAGUACGCAGUGCAAGUACGAAGCAGGUAUUGUGAUUAAGAAUAUGUGCUUGAAAAAUCAUGCUUUGGGUGAUGUCCUACAAAUUUUGAACAUAGCGAUUACCGUUAAAAAAUGGAUUGUGCAUCAACAAUUGAGCUGGCAACCGCUUAAAGUGACCCUUACUGAGGUCAAUUCUGAUUCAGAGGUAGUAGCAUGCCAAUAAUUCCAAAAGGCAUGCUGGCAAAAUGAAACAGUUACUGAAUAUAUUAGUAGCCAGUUGGAUUAGGACACCAAGAGUUAACUGAAUCAACCUCUCUUUCUAAUGCGAAUCAAAGGUAGUUAGUAAUAAUGAGCUGAAGUAUGUAAGUAGCGUGAAUGCUAUAGCUUACAGAUAUGAUUGAUUAUUGGUAAGGUUUUUCAAUUCUGAUCAAGGGGUAAAAGAAAUUAGCUUUUGGACCACAACUAAAACCUGAAACUUACAAACCCUAAAUUCUCUUCUGGUUGCUGAGGUUACAAAUUCUCAGCCACUGGUUUCUUAUACAUCACAGUGGAUAUACAUAUUUUGUUUGGAUAUUGACUUAUUGAACCGAACCCAUGAAUCCUUUGACUUAUGCCUCCUAAGUAGCUUCCAGGAUAAUGACCGAACUAUAUGCAUUGCUGGAAGUUUGUCGAUCUUUAGGCAAGCUACAUGAAUCCACUGUGUUGGUUUUUCACCUAGGAAAUGAUUUAUCAAAUCAUAUUUAUUGUUCAGGGAAUGAGGAAUGCACUUCAGAAACUGAUGUAUCAUCAUGUUUACUGGUUAUCCUUGAAGCUCAUGACUUACUAUAUUGACCGUUGACCCAAAAAAAAAUACCAUAUUGACCCAUGCACAGGGCAUGUUUCUGGAGGAUUUUCACUAUCAACAAAAUCCACUACAUGGAGCUUUUGGAAAUGAUCAACGAUCGUGGAACCAGAAUGAUUUCUAUAUCUCUUGAGUAGAUGGUGCUUGUAUUGUAGAGUUGUGAUUUUUAAUGUUCAUGCUUUGCUUGGAGUUGGCUUUUGGUAUAAUUCUCAAAUCAUAAUUGGGAACUUUGGCCAUUCCGUUGGGAAUAGGUCUCUGCUCCUGCUGCAUUCCAUUUUCUUUCAAUGCUAGGAACUUUGUGUAUAAACACAGUAUAUUAUAUUUAUCUGAAUGUAUGCUUUCUGUAAAGUAUAUAUCGUUGACGAAGUCUUA